AUGAUGUUUAAAUUUCCAUGUUUUCGAGAUAAAAAAUGGAUAAAGGAAAAAGGAACAAAUAUGCAAUACCCCCACGAAUUUUUAAAUGUUCAGUUUCGUCCUGAUUUUUUAAAAAAUUAUGAACAUACCAAAGAUUUUGAGAAAAAAAUUGAGCAUGUUAUAAAUCAAAUAAAAACAGCUUUAUUUCGACAAGCUAUAUAUAAAAUACAAAACGUUGAAGUGGUAGCUAUGCAUGAAUGUAAAGAUGAUCGCGUUUUAGAAAAAAUACAACAAAUAAAUGGAUAUGAAAAUAUUAAAUUAGGUGAUAAAAAAGUUUUAUGUGAUGAAAUAUGGACAGUCACAAGAUGUGAUAAGAAAUUUUCAUAUUGGAUACGUUAUUAUGAAGAAGAUAAAAAUGGUUAUUCCUUAUCGGUAUUACCAACUCAAUUAAAAAAUAUUUAUUAUUUUUUAAAAUAUUAUUAUUUUUAA